UGGCAGCGCCGGGUAACCUCAUUUCCGCGUGUGUCUAACGCCUAUUGUGACAGCUGUCAUAGAAGAAGAGUUUAUGCUGGUUGGGCUGUGAUCGUGUGCCAGUCGCGUGUGUAAACAAUCCUCUCGCCGCGGCCGUCCCGCGAAACAGUCUCGACUUCGCACCUCAUCUCGAUCCGCGACCCAAAUCGUUUUCAUUCUCUCGGCGUCUCGAGCGACAACACACACGGUGAAGGAUGACAAUGGGCGAUGAGACCCCGGUUACAUCACUGGUUCUUCCCGUCAUAUUAAGGCCAAUAUUAACAAAGCUGGAAAGACAAAAUGUCAUGGCAGCACAGACCCUACGCGCGGCUCUCUCGAAAGCAGAGAGUUCGCAUCCUGGGAUCACGUACGACUUGAUUAUGGGUAUAAUACGCAGAGCCGAGCUAAAUCUUGAUAUGAACGAGAGUGUCUUACGACUACAAGGUGCUGCUUCUGAUUACGAUGUCGUGGAGUAUCGUUCGGCACGUUCAGAAGAUGCAUUCCAAGAACUGAAUCGUAAAUCAACUUCCUUGAAGAGAAUACUUAGCAGAAUUCCUGAUGAGAUCACGGACAGGAAGACUUUUCUAGAGACAAUCAAAGAAAUUGCGAGUGCAAUAAAGAAACUUUUAGAUGCUGUGAACGAAGUUACUGCAUUUAUACCCAGCUCAGCUGGUAAACAAGCCUUAGACCAACGCAAAAGAGAAUUUGUGAAAUAUAGUAAAAGGUUCAGCAACACAUUAAAGGAGUACUUCAAAGAGGGACAAGCAAAUGCAGUAUUUGUGAGUGCACUGUACCUGAUACAUCAAACAAAUAUGAUUAUGCUCACGGUAAAGGACAAAUGUGAGUGAACAAUCUUACAAUGAAUUUCCAGUGUUGUAUGUGAUAAUAUCACAAGAGUCAGAUAAAUCUUAAAUAUUACAAUCUGCAUAACAUCCUAAUCUCACAUAUAUAUUCUAUUAUACAAGGAGCAAUGAUAGAACCUAAAUAUCCGGUAUAGAGGAUUUAAUAUUAUUAUGUUACCGUUAAUCGGUUGCACUAGUUUUUGUUAUAUAUAUAUAUAGAGAGAGAUAUAAAAUAAUAAAGAUGUUGGGGUAUAUUAUACCACAAAUUAUAUAUUUAUACUUUUAUUUUGUGCCAACUCAAAAAACAUAUUAAUUGUCAAUUCUUAUUGUAAUGGUCAAUAAUAGCAUGUAUAAGAAAAUGUUCAGGUGUGAAAACAUUCUUAUUGUUGUUAUAUAAAAAUAAUAUGUGGUAUAUGUUUUCUCUUAUCUUGUCAGAAGGGUGUACAAUAUUAAUAAAAUACAAAUUGAGAGAUGACGUUAAAA